GCCCUCGCGCUUUCUCUGGAAAAAAAAACAUCUCUUUCUCACGUUAGAGCUUACGUCAUUUGUUCUUUCUGUUUCUCAAUAUGUUUUCUAGAUUGAUUCUGUUCUAUCAGGAACAUGCUACGCAACAUCUUAUUUCAAAACUCUACUCACAGGCACAGCAUGGACGUUCACAUUCGCACAAGGUCGCUCUGUUCAUGCACGUCGUGCCUUCAGUUGCCUCUCAUUUGGUGGCUUGGGAUGGAGAAACCGCAGAAACAGCUAUCCGAACUGGCGAUGAGGAGGAGGAGGAGUCCGCUCGAGUUUGGCGACCGUUCCCACACGAAUCCACAAUGCUACAUAGCUUAUGGUUAACUAGCUAUAUCAGAUUAGUUAUCCUAUCAUUUCUGUCAUGCUAAUCAACCAAUCAUGCAAGUUAAUCCUCCAUUAUUAAUAAUCAAUGCGUACACUAACUACAUGCAGAAUAUGCAUACAAAAAUUUUUGAACUUUCUCGAAAUAAACGUUUUGCCCAAGCCAUACUAUUUCAACUUUAUUGUUGAUUUCAAUCCUGACACUCCCAUAUUCCACCUAAAACACGCGCUAGAACACUUGAAAAAAGCGGAAUCCUCCUCCAAAGUCGCUCUCGACGUGGACACCGUGCAGCUGGUAAACCGGGCGAUUUGCAACAUCAAUGCGGAGGCGACCUCGGGGCUUUCCUUCAUGGUGUCCUCGAUUUUAGCGUGGUUCCAGUCUCUGAUCUCCGACGCGACCACCAUGGACGCGAAAGUGCACGACACCCGGAUGCUGUAUGGCGUUUGCAAGUGUUACAUUCUCAACUGUUACAUGAAUUUGUAAUGCAAGAGCGGUAAAAUAAGCGAAAGGGGGAAGAUUGCGCCUUAUGCAUUACAGAUUUGGCACAGAUUUGAUGCUGUUUAGCCUUUCGAAGAUUUGCCAUGCGAAGCAGCUUAAUCGCGGCGAUCUUGGUGGUAAAUUUGCAUGACAAAUCACGUAACAGUUGAGAAUGUAACGCUUGAGAGUCCCAUAUGCUGAUCGAGCAAGCGGCGCAGAUCUCCCGCGUGCAGUCCGGCGGCAGUAGGGCGUACGAGCACUUGAACUGCGCGGCGAGCGACUUGCUCGCCCACGACCGGUACCAGAACAUCCACCCAUUAGCCACGAGUGGGAUGGGUCUCGGGAUGAUUUUACCGGCGAUUGGGAUGACGAUGGGAACGGCCAGCACUUUUGGCCGUGUGGCGGACGGGGGAGCUGGGGUGAGGGAAGAAGGCAGAAGUGGGCGAACACGAGGAUUGGAGCGAGAAAGUAGUGGAACGCAUGAUGGCGUUCAAGAUCAAGAAAUCGGAGAAGAGGAGCAAGAUCAAGAUAGCUUACUGGCGUGCAUCAAGAACAAUGCAGUUCGUUCAAAGCCACAAAAAGUACACGCACGGAAUUUCUUGUAGAAGGAGCUUGAAGAUGAUAAAGAUCAUGAUGGGUCGUCUGUCGAGAAGUUGUGGAUGAAGCAGAGCUCCACCUUCCGCAGCUGCGAUUCCAACCUUACGUAUAGUAUCUCCACAGCCAAAUAAAUACGAGUAGUCAG